AUGAGUACUUCAACUACAUCAUUCUUACUUCUAACUGCAACCAGCCAGGCUCAUGGGACUAAUCAGAGCGGGGCUGUGGGAAAGGCAGAGCCAUCGUACGCUGUCCUAAAGUUCAUGGAGAGCUUCUGCCUCAUCAGCGCUGCCUGUGGCAUGGUGGGAAAUGGCAUGGUCCUAUGGUACCUCGGCUUCCGCAUCCGCAGAAACCACUUCACGGUCUACAUCCUGAACCUGGCCGCUGCUGACUUUGGCUAUCUCCUCUGCAUCGCCAUCGAGACAGUUCAGUACCUGAUGCAGUUCAACGUGGGGGUGCAGUUUGGGAUAUUCCUCUUCCUGGAUCUUUUCAUGUAUGGGACCGGCUUGUACCUCCUGACGGCCAUCAGCAUUGAGAGGUGCCUGUCUGUCCUCUGUCCAAUCUGGUGCCGAAGCCACCGCCCAAAGCCCUUGUCCGGCAUCAUCUCCGGCCUGCUCUGGAGUCUCUCCCUGCUGCUCAACAUGCUUGGCUAUGUUUUGUGUACCCUUCGCCCCUCUGCCAGGAGCUGCAAGCUCCUGCUCAUCACCAUUGGGGCCUUGGACUUCCUCUUCUGCACGCCCCUCAUGCUGCUCUUCAGCCUGACCCUCUUCCUCAGAGUCAAGUGCAGCUCCCAGCACCUCCGAACAGGCAGGCUCUUC